UUUUCCCUUUCCACAGUCGCUCCAACAGAGUUUGGCAGGGAAUCCAGUUUCUCUUAAUUCCCCUUUCCAACCCCACCAUCAUCUCUCAUUUAAAAAAAAAUAAGCAUUGCCUGUAUCCAAAAGGAGGAGUUGAUACAGUAUCUGCUGCUACAUUUUUUUUUGUUGUGUGUGUGGAGGAGGAAGAAGAAGAGGGGAGGGGGAUAAAUAAAAGAGGGGGGAAAUAUCCCCCCCCCCCCCCACAUACACAGAAUCAGAGAGAGAGAGCACGAUGUCGGUUGCAUUUGCUACUCCCCGACAGCGCGGGAAAGGUGAAAUUACACCUGCCGCCAUUCAGAAGUUACUGGAUGAAAACAACCAGCUUAUCCAAUGCAUAAUGGAUUACCAGAGCAAGGGGAAAACUGCCGAAUGCUCCCAGUACCAACAAAUGCUUCAUAGAAAUUUGGUUUAUCUGGCAACAAUAGCAGAUUCCAAUCAGAAUAUGCAGUCACUCUUACCAGCUCCUCCCACACAGACCAUGGCAAUGGGACCAGGGGGAAUGAACCAGGGCGGAAUGAACCAGCUCCCUCACGGACACGCAAUGGGCUCGGACAGUAUGGUAGGAGGGGGUCCACCUGCUUCUCACAUGCAAAACCAGAUGAACGGACAGCUGCCUGGUCCAAAUCACAUGCCAGUGCAAGGACCAGGACAGCCUAGCAUGGCGAAUGCCUCGGUGAACAUGCCAACGAGUAGCCAUGGCUCCAUGGGAGGCUACAGCCAUUCAGUACCAUCUUCACAGGGCAUGCCAGCGCAAAACCAGAUGAGUAUGAACCCGGGGCAGUCGAUGGGCAACUACGGCCCCCGAGCGAACAUGAACAUGCAACCAAACCAAGGUCCCAUGAUGCAUCAGCAACCAUCUGCCUCGCAGUACAACAUGCCCCAGGGAGGGGGCCAGCAUUAUCCCAACCAGCCACCCAUGGCCAUGAUGAAUCCAGUUAACCAAGCAAAUCACAUGAUGGGACAGAGACAGAUGCCUCCAUACAGACCAGCUCAGCAAGGUCCUCUUCAGCAAUAUGCAGGGCAGGAAGAAUACUACAAUGAGCAGUUCAAUCAUGGGCAGGGUACCCCAGAGAGCAUGAACCAGCAGUAUUAUUCUGAUGGCUAUGAGAUUCUUCCUCUUCCUGUUUCAACCUGUGAGCUCGUGACCUUGUUACUACACAACCUGGAAACAAUCCAGGAUGUGCUUUCUGCAACAUCUCUGUUGAUUGCGUCUCCACAGGCUGCUCGGCUACAGUAG